CGCAUCGCGAGAGUGAGGAAGUGGCAGACUGUGGCAUACAUGCAUUGAGCAGCUGCUGGGAUCCGGUUAGUUUGAUUUAAUGGCUAAAGUGGAGAUCGCCCCUUUGAGAGGCUGGGAUGAUUUCUACCCAGGUUCUGAGCGCUUCGCCAUUCCAGACACGCGAGAUCUGGCGAAAUGGAACAACAGAGUGGUCAGCAACCUGCUGUAUUAUCAAACAAACUAUCUGGUGUUGGCUAUCAUCGUAUUCCUGAUCGUAGGGUUCUUAUACCCUGUGAGCAUGUUCACGGGUGCAGCAGUGGUCGCUUCUGUCUUCAUUGGCUCUGUAUGGGCAGGGGAGAACAAGGCGAUCAUCAAAAAAUUCAAGAAGGAGAACCCUGCUCUGUUUGUGUUCUUGGUGCUGGUUGUGAGCUACUUCCUCAUGUCGCUCUUCGGUGGAGUUAUGGUGCUCCUGCUUGGAAUCAAGCUGCCUCUUCUCUUGAUCUUUGCACAUGCAUCGCUUCGCCUACGGAACAUGAAAAACAAACUGGAGAAUAAGAUGGAGAGCGCCGGACUCAAGAAAACACCCAUGGGAAUCAUACUUGAAGCACUGGGUCAACAAGAAGAGAACCUCAAUAAAAUUCAAGACUUUCUAGAGAGCAAACUCAAGGAGUGAACCUUUACUGAGCUUCUCUCCUGUACAAGAAGGAUCUGCUUUCAUCUAGCACAGUUUCAGAAAACUACUCCGUUUAAUCCAACAUCUUUAACUGGCAAAACAAAAAGUAUGUUUCUUAGUGUGUUUUUUCUAUUAUGGAAUGAAAUAAUUGUAUUGACAAAAAGUGUUUUAUAAUGUUUAUUUACAUCUCAGGUCAAAUGUAAGCGGAUGCAAUUCAAAACGUCGUCCAAAGAUUUCACUAUGGCCUGUAUGCAAACGUGUAGUGUGCAUAUUUCAAGUAAUAGUGUUUUUCUCUCCAAAAAUACAUUUCUUCAUCUAUUAAGACAAUGCAUAAUAUAACACGGGAAGAUGUCAUCAGGUUUAGAGCUCUUCAGAUGUUCUGCGGUGUGAUAACUGGAAUUCUGUGGCAACUGGAAACUCCUGCGGUACUGAUAAUGAACUGUAUUACUUUGUCGAAGAUUGUUUACUUCUGUUUGUUGUUGAUGUGAAUUGUUCAUUGAUUCAUUUUAUCACACUGCUGAUGCAGCUGUGUUGUAAAAGCAAUAAGCAAUUUGAGUACUGAAUUAUAGUGAUUUUACCAUAGGAAAGGGGGUUUUAGAUACUUCGUUCUUCACAUCUAAGAUCAUCCCUUACCUUUGGUUAAUUACUUUAGUGCACAGACUUUCAUGGC